AAAUUCACGCGAACACGAACACGACCACAGCCACGAGGAUCGAGUCGCCAGCAGCAUCUACACCCUCUCCCCCACCCUAUUUUUUUUUUAUUCGUUCCUGAAACACACUUGUACAAUAAGCAACGCGUUCAAUGAUGGACGAAUUCGGAGGGAAUGCACCAGAGGAGAACUUCAACUCGAUUCCAGUCCAGGAGAGACUGGAGCACAAGAACUGGAAAGCUCGCGUUUCUGCAUAUGAGGAACUCGCAAAGCUAUUCCGCACAAGCGUGGAGGACUCUGAUUUCCGGCGAUUUGAGGGUUCCCUAAAAAAGAUAGCUCUUGACUCGAACGCUGUGGCACAGGAAUCAGGGUUGAGUACGCUCAUCCAGUUUGUGGAGAACGCCCCAGAUCCUAAUAGGACAAAGAGUGUUGUGGUGCCAGCAGUCGUGGAAAAGUGCCUGUCCUCCACAAGGACAGGAACCAAGGCCAAGGCCCUAGAGUUGAUUCUAUUAUAUGUCGAGGUCGAUAGCCCAGAUCCCGUCAUCGAGGAUGUAUUACCAGGUCUGGAUGCUAAACUCCCCAAGCUCGUCGCCACAACCACGAAUACCCUCGCUGCUAUUGUUCGUACCUUUGGUAUCAAAAAUCUCAAUGUCAAACCACUUGUCAAGAAGCUGCCACCACUUUUUGGUCAUUCCGACAAGAAUGUUCGAGCCGAAGCCAAUGCCCUGACGAUAGAGCUGUAUCGAUGGCUCGGAAAGGCUAUCAUGCCAUCACUAGAGGAGCUGAAACCAGUACAGCAAAAGGAGCUGACGGAGGCAUUUGAGAAGCUACCCGAUGAGCGCCCAACACCACUAAAAUAUCUUCGCUCACAACAAGCCGAGAUGGCGGCCGCAGCAGAAAAUGGAGGCGACGACGGCGACGACGGUCAGGACGAGGAUGAAGAGAUGGUUGUCGUGGACGAGCUGGACCUCUUCGAUCCCGUCGAUGUGAAUGCGAAGAUGGAAAGCAACUUUUAUGAGCUCCUGGCAUCCAAAAAGUGGCAGGAGAGGAAGGAGGCGUUGGAUGCACUUUUGGUUCUCUGCAAAUCGCCAAAGAUUCUUGACAACCAUUACUCAGAAUUGGUCGGAGCUCUCGGAAAGCGCAUGGCGGAUACCAACAUUAAUAUCGUCAUCGUGGCAGCAAAUUGUUUGGAUGGAUUGGCCCGUGGACUACGCGACAGCUUCAACAAAUAUAAGCCAUCUGUGGCAGGACCGGUCAUGGAUCGACUCAAGGAACGCAAAGUCACAGUAGUGGAGGCCUUGUCUGGCGCCCUCAACGCCAUGUAUAGCACUAUACCAUAUUCUGAGCUUCUGGAAGACACAGCGACGAAUGUGGUGCACAAGAAUCCGCAGAUCAGGGCAGAGGUCAUCAAACUACAGAUUCAUCGACUGAGGGAGAUCAAGAUCGCACCAUCAAAACAGGAAAUCAAGACUGGAAGCGAAAUGCUUGUCAAGGCGUUCGAUGAUGGGGAUGCCGCCGUCCGCGAGGCUGCUGCAGAGGCCCUCGGAACGCUGAUGAAGUGUUGUGGAGAGAAACCGCUGUUGGCCUACACCGAGGGCUUGGACACUGUCAAGAUGGGCAAGGUCAAGGAGUAUUGCGAAAAGGCCGUCGUGAAAGCAAAGGCCGCCCCUGUUGUUGCCCCGCCAAAGCCGGCACCUGCAAAGGCACCUGCUGCAAAGCCAGUGGCAAAGAAACCUGCGCCGGCAAAAGCGUCAGAGGCACCAGCAGCCGCAGCAACAAAGAAACCUGCAGCAAAACCUUCAGCCCUUUCUUCUGCCAAGAAACCUGUCGCCAAGGCUGCACCAGCAUCAGCAGCAUCGAGUGCAAGCGCAGCAACAAAGAAGGCGGCCCCAGCUGCAGGAGGUUCGAAAAAAGAGGAAGAGCCCCUCCGAUACAAGUUUUCGAGCGAGUCGGCGGAAGAACAGGCAGCCGAGUUUUUGACGCCAGGAUUGAUCGCUGAAUUUGGCGACUCGAGCUGGAAAGUGCGUCUGGAGGCUAUGGAAAAACUGCAUGAUCUGGUAGAUAACAAUCCAGGAUUCGAGGCGGAAUUGAUCACGCGCGUUCUGGCCAAGAAACCGGGCUGGAAGGAUAGUAAUUUCCAAGUGAUGACAAAGCUCUACGGGAUCCUUCAGCUUCAGGCGCAGAAGCUGCCGUCCUUCUCCAAGGCCUGUGCGGCACUGAGCAUUCCAGCCAUGAUUGAUAAGAUGGGUGACAUCAAAUUGAAGAAGGCGGCUGGCGAUUGCUUGACUGCAUACGCAGAGGCGCUCUCGCUUCAGUUCGUAUUAAGUCAGUCAUACGAUCCGCUCAAGAAACUGAAGGCACCCAAGGCUCUUGCUGAUUCUCUGCUCUGGAUUAAUCAGCAAUUGGAGGACUUUGGUAUCGCAGGCCUUCAAGUGCGCGAGUUGAUUGAUUUUUUGAAGGUUGCGCUUGGAAGUGCCAAUGCUGCAGUGCGUACCAACGCUGUAUCUGUUCUCGGAAUUCUUCGUCGAUUUAUCGGACCUAGCAUUCGAUCGUUCGUCGAGGAUUGCAACACAGCAUUGCUAGCAGCCAUCGACGCAGAAUUCGCUAAAGUUGCCGAUCUGGAGCCACCACAGGUGACAAAGGGCGCAGUGGAAGAAAGUUCUGGGAGCGCAGCCGUGGAGGAGCUCUUCCCCAAGGUGGAUAUCGGCAACCAAUUCACGUCUGCAUUGUUGGAGGAGUGUGGAGAUGCUAACUGGAAGAUACGCAAGGAGGGUCUGGAGAAGGUGGCGGCCAUCAUCGAUGCCAAUAAACGUAUCAAGCCCAACCUCGGUGGACUUCCAGGAGCGCUGAAGCUUCGACUCGCCGACAGCAACAAAAACCUGCAAAUUUUGACGAUGGAAAUCUGCGCCAGUCUUGCCAACGCCAUGGGUAAGCCUUUUGAGAAGUACGCCAGGAUCCUGUGCUCGAACGUUGCCAGCUGUUUGACGGAUCAAAAGGACAACGUCAGGAGCGCGUCGAUUGCAGCAUUGGAAGCCUUUGCAACACAAGGCGGAUUGGAUUGCCUUGUGUCGUCUCUUGCGGUCUCGCUGGUCACCAACUCACCCACGCUGCGAAAGGAUCUUCUUGUAUGGCUUACAUCGUUCUGCAAUGGAGCUAAGGAGCGUGAUGUGAACCUUCCGGAUUUGUUACCGCUUGCUCCACCAAUCUUGCAAUGUCUCCAGGAUCGAAGCCCCGAUGUACGCAAAGCAGGCCAAGCCUUCUUACCGAUCCUGAUGGGCAGUGUGGGAUACGAUGCCGUCGUUGCUAAGUGCAGCGAUUUGAAGGGGGCUGCCAAAUCUGCUAUCAUGCCGAUGCUCGAGGCAGCCAAGCCCGCACCCCCACCACGUCCUCCAUCCGCAGCAGGAAAUGCAAAACCAGCACCCACAGAAAGAGGAGCCCUCAACACCUUGCCAAGUUUGCCCCGACCCGGUGCGAAGGCGGGCGCUCGGCCUGGCGCAUCAGCCCUCCCCGGUGCACCUGCAAAGGUGGCAGCUCGACCUGCGGCAAGUGCACUCCCAACGCCGCAAGGUCCGCCUCGCGAACAGCAGACUUCGCCCCUUCCUUCUUUGCCGUCGCUUUCCUCUCUUCCAGGACCUGGCCAGGGAUCAGGCAUGGUCGCACCAAGGUCUCGGUUGACGCUGAAGAAGCCUGGCCAGUCAAUCCCAUCUGCCCUGGACUCUGGGAUCCCUGGAGCACCACCACGAGUGUCACGACUUCAUGAUAUGCAGCCAGAGUAUGACGACUAUAAUGUGCUUCCUCCCACCAGUAAUGCGCCGCCGCCACUCAUGAACAUGGGCAUGCAACAGCGACCAUUCGAUCCUAUGGACGGUAUAACAUCCGCCCCACAACCACUGAACGGAUUGCGGCCUAGCGGCAACAACGCUGGUGGGCUGGGAGGCGGUCUCACCACGAACAACGGUCUGUCGCAGCCUCCGCCCGCGAUUGUAGUCCCACCUUCCGCUCAAAUCAAGCGGCUCUCAGUCUCUGGAGGCGAUAGGAGAGGGGAGGCCGUCAUGGACUACCUUGUCACUCAGAUCACGAGCGACGACGCAUACCAGAGCAUCGAUGCUCUAAAGCAGCUGGAAAAGGCGCUUCAUGGGCCAUUAGACGUUAUCAUCCCUCAUAUUAAUGAACUCGUGAACGCGCACACCCUUCAGAUUCGACUGGCAUACACAGGACUGGAGCAGCGCAACAACUCGACCACACGCGUAUGUAAGCACCUCGUCAACUCUCUUGUGAGCAUUUUCUCCAACAAGCAGCUGGCUAUCAAGGUUCAAUCAGAUCCUCUCUACAACCUUUUGCAUGAGCUGGCUAGUCGAUUGUUGGAUAAGAAUCUGGACAAGGUCGAGAGCGGUCAGCAGCUGGCCAAGGCGUUGAACGUCACCAUGGUCAAGGUUUUGGAGAACAGCAACCGUAACGCGACUUUUAGCGCCUUACUGUUGAUCUUGGUCCGCUGUGCCCAGCCGCUCAGGAACAUGGAGGAUUCUGCUCACCAGGCCAAAUUUGGAGAUUUGAUCAUGAAGUGCAUCUGGAAACUCACUAAGACCAUCAAGGAGUGCGUGGCCGCUGGAACGCUGAAGCCCAAUGAGCUCCUUGCGGAUAUGAACGACUUUCUGGUCUCGAUCUCGCCACCAGAGUGGAAGCGGCGCGCGCAGGAGGGUGUGCCACUGGGAGAUAUGCCCUUGAGGACUGUCAAGACUGUUCUGGUUGAAUUGUCGUCUGGCAUGGGCGACGAAGUUUUUAAUCACCUGGACCUAAUCCACGACCCAACCAAAUCAGCGAUCCACCAGUAUCUUGUGCAUAUGACUGGCUCCAAGAAACGACCCAUCGCCCAGGUCCAGAACCCGGCUACCCCUCCCAUCCCUAGCAACGCUACUCGCGAUAGGAUGUCCGUUAUUGGUGCAAUGACCAACCAGAACUUGAGCAUGCACAACAUGCUUCAGCAACAACAACAUCAACAGCAACAACAACAGCAACAGCAACAGCAACAGCUGCAACAGCAGCCACAGCAGCCACAGCAGCCACAACUCAACCAGCUGCCUACAUCUCCACAGUUCCAGCAUUCUCAUCAGUUCCAGCAACAGGCCCUUUCGCCAAGGAUACAACAGCAACCAUCCUUUGGAUCGCAACUCCAAAAUCCUCAGGGGUCGUUGUCUGGCUUUGGCAUGUCGCAGCCUCCUCAAAACGAUUUUGGCGGCGCGGGCGCCAGCACUAGCCGCAUGAGCAUGGUUUUGGGUCAAUCUCAUGUUCCAAGCCAGACUAAUGAUGGAAGUGAUAACAAGAGCUCGGAUGAUCUCUCUGGCGUGUCCGAGACGGAGAUGAACAGCCGACUAACGCAGAUCUUUACCAAGAUUGGGACACGUGAGGAGACAAAGCAGGUAAAAAGAAUUAUACCGGUCGACGCAUCUCUGUUUUUCGGCCUUGCCUAGUAUAUUAAUUCAAACACCAACAAAUUGUGCUUUUUGCUACUCUAGGGUAUUGCGGACCUGUACCAGUUCCAAAAAAUGUAUCCGAACAUGGAGCCAAAGGUCAAUGCACAGCUCGCUAAGACUGGCACCUUUUUCCAGAGCUAUAUCCGACGAGGACUUGCCAAUCUGGAGGCAGAGGCCAAUGCUGCUGCAACGGGUGCAUCAGUUCCUACAUCCAUCAGCAGCAUCGGAGCAGGCAUUACCGGAUCACCCAUUAUUAGGGAUCGCGAUGCAGCCGAUGCAGCUGCAGCCGCUCGAAAGAGGGAAAGUGUGCUGUCAAUCGCCAAUUCUGA